AUGGAUGUUGUCUCCAUGGGGACUGUGAGGAUGUCCCAGGUGUGGAUGCAGAGAUGGGUCGUCCUGCUGAUGGGUCUGCAGUUAGUACAAGCAGGCUUCAUGGAGGAUUAUGGGGAUUUUAUGAAGGAUCCAACGGACUUUACAACCUGGCCGCCAACAACAACAACAGUGUUCCCAAUGACGACUGUGAUGGUAACAAAAGUUGAACCAAAUCCUGAUCAUCAAUCCACGGUCUGCAGCACAUGGGGAAAUUUCCACUUCAAGACCUUUGAUGGUCAAUUCUUUCAAGUGCCAGACACGUGCAACUAUGUUCUGACAGUGAUGUGUGACACUGCCACAUCUGAUUUUAACAUCCAAAUGCAAAGAGAGACUGUGAAUGGUUCGAUCACUUUCAACACAGUCACAAUAAAACUGCAGGGAACAGUCAUCAAAAUCACUAAUGGCGACAUCACCAUGGAUGAUAAUGUGGUGUCGAUUCCAAUCAGUCAGAAUGGAAUUAAAAUUGAAGGAACCCCAACAAGUAUUAAAGUUUCCAAAUAUGGAAUGACUGUCUUCUGGGAAGAAGACAACUCUAUAUUGAUUGAACUUGCAGAGAAGUACCAAGGUCAGACCUGUGGACUCUGUGGAAACUACAACGGCAACAAGAAUGACGAUAUCCCUAAAAGCGGCCUAGACACCUGGAAGGUUUCCACACCAACUGAAUCCUGCGAGGACGUUACACUUCCUCCUGGGGAUCAGUGCGACCAGCACAUAAGUGUUUGCCAGCAGUAUCUCAGCAGUCCAGGGUUUGCCGACUGUCAAAAUGUGAUGGACAUGAGUUCAUUUGAAAAAGCUUGUGUAGACGACCUGUGUCAGUGUUACGGAAAUUACGACUGUCUCUGCCACACGCUCACAGAGAUUUCACGACAAUGCACUCAUGCUGGAGGAAAACCAGGAACAUGGAGGACAGAACAGCUCUGUCCAAAGACGUGUCCUCUGAACUUGCAAUACAUGGAGUGUGGGAGUCCGUGCAAGAACACCUGCUCAAAUCCGACCGCAAGUCUACUGUGUAAAGAACACUGUGUGGAUGGCUGUUUCUGCCCUGAAGGCACCGUGGAAGAUGACAUUGGUCAGAAUGGCUGUGUUCCUGUGAACGAGUGCCCUUGUGAUCAUAACGGUGCACUAUAUCAGUCAGGAGAGUCUUACACACAAGCUUGCAAAAAAUGUGUGUGCGUCGCUGGACACUGGACUUGUACAUACCUGGAAUGUCCCGGAAUCUGCUCUGUUGUUGGAGGGUCUCACGUCACCACUUAUGAUGGAAAGACCUUCACCUUCAGUGGCAACUGUGACUACAUCCUCACUAAGCACUCUAAUGACAGUGAUAUUGCUGUUGUGGGAAACCUGGCCAAGUGUGAUCCGGCCCGAACAGACACAUGUCUAAAUUCAGUUACCCUUGUAAUUUCGGGGACCACUAUUAGUUUUGCCUCCAAUGGUGUUGUGACACUGGAUGGAAACAGUCCAUAUAAGCUUCCUGCCACCACAGGUCCUGUGAGCAUCUUUCAGCCCACUUCCUCUUUCAUCAUUGCUGAUAUGAGGAGUCUUCGUCUAGAGAUUCAGUUAGCUCCAGUCAUGCAGUUGUAUAUUGUAGCCAGCACUGAAGAGAAAGGAAAGAUGAGUGGUCUAUGUGGAAACUAUAAUGAUGUCCAAUCAGAUGAUUUCAAAACAGAGUCUGGUAUCAUAGAGGGCACACCAAUAACGUUUGUCAACUUUUGGAAGAAAAACCCAUAUGGUUGUCCAGAUAUUGAAAACACAUUUGACAACCCCUGUAGCUUGAGUGUGGACACAGAAAAACCUGCUAAAGACUGGUGUUCCCGUCUUACAAACAGCAGCGGAGUCUUUUCCGCAUGUCAUUCAGAAAUAUGUCCUGAGAUUUUCUACCAAUGGUGUGUCUAUGACACCUGCAAAUGUGCAGAUAUUAGGAAGUGUAUGUGUGCGGCUGUGUCCAACUAUGCCCACGCCUGUGCUGCCAGAGGAAUCAUUCUCCAGGGAUGGAUGGAUUCUGAACCCUGUGUAUCUGAGUGUUCAGAAAACAUGAAGCACUCCUACGGUGUGUCCAGCUGUGGCAACACCUGCCGCUCUCUCAAUGAACCAAACAACACCUGCCCAGGGUCCUUCACCCCAGUAGACGGCUGCGUCUGUUCUGAGGGAACCUACCUUAAUGAAGUUGGCAGUUGUGUGCCUGCCCACCAGUGUCCUUGUUACGAAGGCAACCAGGUCAUAGAACCAUCGGCAACAUCCAACAUAGACGGUGUUGUAUGCACCUGUACGCUUGGAAAAUUGCACUGCUCCAGUAAGGAAGACUGUGUGGCUCCAAUGGUCUACUUCAAAUGCUCAAAUUAUGAACCUGGAACAAAAGGGACAGAGUGUCAGAGGACCUGUCAGAACCAAGACCUAAGCAACUGCGUGAGUACUGGGUGUGUAUCAGGGUGUAUGUGUCCAGAUCACCUUCUGGCUGAUGGAAAAGGUGGGUGUGUGGAGAGGACAAACUGCACCUGUGUCCACAACGGACUCAGCUAUUCACCUGGAGAGCAAGUUCAAGAGGACUGUAACACCUGCACAUGCACAAAUGGUAUGUGGACAUGUACAGAUAAUGAGUGUUAUGGCACCUGUACUAUCUAUGGUGAAGGUCAUUUCAUGACUUUCGAUGGCAAGAAAUAUUCUUUCCCUGGAGACUGUGAACACAUCUUGGCCCAUGAUAAUUGCAAUAAUGAACAGAGUCCAUAUUCUCUACGCCUGGUCACAGAGAACAUCCCCUGUGGCACCAGUGGCACCAUUUGCUCCAAAUCCAUUAGUCUUUCCUUUGGGAGAUACAAGAUGAUUUUAUCAGAGGAGAAUGGGAUCAAAGUUGUUGAAAGCAAUGGCACUGAUUACCUGUAUCAAAUCCAUACUGCUGGAAUAUACAAUGUCAUAGAGGUCAAAGGUCUUUUGAACUUAAUCUGGGACAAUAAAACGAGUCUGAUGCUCCAACUCCAUCCUAAAUUUAAGGGCAAGGUGUGUGGACUGUGUGGAAACUUUGACGGUAAUGCGAACAAUGACUUUGUGAAGCAUGAUGGAGAAGAGGUCACUGAUGCAGUGGCAUUUGGAAACAGCUGGAAGGUAAAUCCCAGCUGUCCAGAAGUGAGCAACUUGAUGAAUCCAUGUGAAAAAAAUCCACAUCGGCGUGCCUGGGCUAUCAAACAAUGCAGCAUCAUCACAAGCCCUGUUUUUACAGACUGCCAUUCACGUGUGGAUUCUGGUCCGUACUAUGAUGCCUGCGUAAGAGACACCUGUGCAUGUGACAGUGGGGGUGACUGUGAUUGUUUCUGUACUGCAGUGGCAGCUUAUGCUGCUCAAUGUCGUAAAAAAGGAGCUUGUGUGGCAUGGCGGAGCCCAAGCAUAUGUCCUUUAUUCUGUGAUUACUACAACAGUCCUCCAGAUGAAUGUGAAUGGCACUAUAGAACCUGUGGAUCCACCUGCAUGAAAACUUGCAGUAACCCGUCGGGAAAUUGUUCUAAUCAAAUUCCUCUUCUAGAAGGUUGUUUUCCUCGGUGCCCCUUAGAAAGGCCUUUUCUGAGGGAAGACACAAGGAAAUGUGUUACGGAGGCAGAAUGUCUUUCUCUGUGUACCUAUGAUGGGAAAGUAUACACUACUGGACAAGUGGUGUACGAUACCUCAGAUGGGAAUGGCACAUGUUUUACAGCUGUGUGUGAUUUUAAUGGCAUGAUAAUAAGAAAUAUUUACCCAUGUGUGACAAUAACCACGCCAUUCACUUUCACAACACUCACAGAAACACCACCUCCGACACGAACAGAAACGCCAUCAACAGCAACAACAACCGCUGGUCGACCAACACCUACAUCACCAGGAGUUUCUACUACUGCUGUUACUGUUCCAACACCAUCUACAGAAACACAACCUCCAACAGGAACCAAAACACCAUCCACAGUUGCUACAACUUCUGGCACACCAAAAUCAACCAGAGUUUCUACUACUGCUGAAACAGCACGCACAGAAACACCCCCUCCGCCACGAACAGAAACGCCAUCAACAUCAACAACAACCACUGGUCGACCAACACCUACAUCACCAGGAGUUUCUUCUACUGCUGUUACUGCUCCAACACCAUCUACAGAAACACAACCUCCAUCAGGAACCAAAACACCAUCCACAAACAGAAUCAUCAUCAACUACAACUGUUGGUCCAACGACACCUACAUCACCAGGAGUUUCUACUACUGCUGUUACUGCUUCUACUCCAUCUACAGAAACACAACCUCCCACAGGAACCAAAACACCCUCCACAGCUGCUACAACUGCUGGUACACCAACAUCACCCAGAGUUUCUACUACUGCUGUUACUUCGCCAACACCAUCUACAGAAACAAAACCCCCCAAAGCAACAGAAACACCAUCCACAGCUACCACAACUGCUGGUACACCAAAACCAACAUCACCAGAAAUUUCUACUACUGCUGUUACUGCACCAACACCAUCUACAGAAACAAAACCUCCAACAGGAACCAAAACACCAUCCACAGUUGCUACAACUUCUGCACGCACAGAAACACCACCUCCGACACGAACAGAAACGCCAUCAACAUCAACAACAACCUCUGGUCGAACAACACCUACAUCACCAAGAGUUUCUACUACUGCUGUUACUGCUCCAACACCAUCUACAGAAACACAACCUUCAACAGGAACCAAAACACCAUCCACAGCUACCACAAGUGCUGGUACACCAAAACCAACAUCACCGGAAAUUUCGACUACUGCUGUUACUGCUGGAACAACACUCACAGAAACACCACCGCCGACACGAACAGAAACACCAUCAACAGCAACUACAACCGCUGGACGACCAACACCUACAUCACCAGGAGUUUCUACUACUGCUGUUACUGCUCCAACACCAUCUACAGAAACACAACCUCCAACAGGAACCAAAACACCAUCCACAGUUGCUACAACUGCUGCACGCACAGAAACACCACCUCCAACACGAACAGAAACACCAUCAACAGCAACAAGAACCACUGUUCGACCAACUCCUACAUCACCAGGAGUUUCUACUACUGCUGUUAUUACUCAAACGCCAUCUACAGAAACACAACCUCCCAUAGAAACCAAAACACCAUCCACAGUUGCUACAACUGUUGCAACUACAACUGUUGGUCCACCGACACCUACAUCACCAGGAGUUUCUACUACUGCGAUUACUGCUUCUACUCCUUCUACAGAAACAAAAUCUUCCAAAGGAACAGAAACACCAUCCACAGCUACCACAACUGCUGGUACACAAACACCAACUCCAAAACGAACAGAAAUGCCAUCAACAUCAACAACAACCUCUGGUCGAACAACACCUACAUCACCAGGAGUUUCUACUACUGCUGUUACUGCUCCAACACCAUCUACAGAGACACAACCUCCCACAGGAACCAAAACACCAUUCACAGCUACCACAACUGCUGGUACACCAAAACCAACAUCACCAGAAAUUUCUACUACUGCUGUUACUGCUGGAACAACACUCACAGAAACACCACCUCCAACACGAACAGGAAUGCCAUCAACAGCAACAGCAACCACUGGUCGACCAACUCCUACAUCACCAGGAGUUUCUACUACUGCUGUUACUACUCAAACGCCAUCUACAGAAACACAACUUCCCAUAGGAACCAAAACACCAUCCACAGCUGCUACAACUGUUGCAACUACAACUGUUGGUCCAGCGACACCUACAUCACCAGGAGUUUCUACUACUGCUGUUACUGCUUCUACUCCUUCUACAGAAACAAAAUCUACCAAAGGAACAGAAACACCAUCCACAGCUACCACAACUGCUGGUACACCAAAACCUACAUCACCAGAAAUUUCUACUACUGCUGUUACUGCUGGAACAAAACUUACAGAAUCACCAACUCCAAAACUAACAGAAAUGCCAUCAACAUCAACAACAACCUCUGGUCGAACAACACCUACAUCACCAGGAAAGUACCACCUCCAACAGGAACUGAAACACCUUCAACAGCAACUACAACUGCUGGUACACCAACACCAACAUCACAAGAAAUUUCUACUACUGCUGUUACUACUGAAACACCAAUCACAGAAACAUCCCCUCCGACACAAACAGAACCAUCAACAACAACAACAACUGCUGGUCCACCAACACCUACAUCACCAGGAGUUUCUACUACUGCUGUUACUGGUCCUACUCCAUCUACAGAAGUACCACCUCCAACAGGAACUGAAACACCUUCAACAGCAACUACAACUGCUGGUACACCAACACCAACAUCACAAGAAAUUUCUACUACUGCUGUUACUACUGAAACACCAAUCACAGAAACACCCCCUCCGACACAAACAGAACCAUCAACGACAACAACAACUGCUGGUCCACCAACACCUACAUCACCAGAAGUUUCUACUACUGCUGUUACUGCUCCUACUCUAUCUACAGAAGCACCACCUCCAACAGGAACUGAAACACCAUCAACAGCAACUACAACUGCUGGUACACCAACACCAACAUCACCAGAAAUUUCUACUACAGCUGUUACUACUGAAUCACCAAUCACAGAAACACCACCUCUGACACAAACAGAACCAUCAACGACAACAACAACUGCUGGUCCACCAACACCUACAUCACCAGGAGUUUCUACUACUGCUGUUACUGCUCCUACUCCAUCUACAGAAGCACCACCUCCCACAGGAACUGAAACACCAUCAACAGCAACUACAACUCUUGGAACACCAACAUCACCAGAAAUGUCUACUACUGCUGUUACUACAAAAACACCAAUCACAGAAACACCCCCUCCGACACAAACAGCACCAUCUACGACAACAACAACAGCUGGUCCACCAACACCUACAUCACCAGGAGUUUCUACUAAGGCUGUUACUGCUCCUACUCCAUCUUCAGAAGCACCACCUCCCACAGGAACUGAAACACCAUCAACAGCAACUACAACUGCUGGUACACCAACACCAACAUCACAAGAAAUUUCUACUACUGCUGUUACUACUGAAACACCAAUCACAGAAACACCCCCUCCGACACAAUCAGAAGUAUCAACGACAACAACAACUGCAGGUCCACCAACACCUACAUCACCAGGAGUUACUACUACUGCUGUUACUGCUCCUACACCAUCUACAGAAGCACCACCUCCCACCGGGACUGAAACACCAUCAACAGCAACUACAACUGCUGGUACACCAACACCAACAUCACAAGAAAUUUCUACUACUGCUGUUACUACUGAAACACCAAUCACAGAAACAUCCCCUCCGACACAAACAGAACCAUCCACAUCAACAACAACUGCUGGUCCACCAACACCUACAUCACCAGGUGUUUCUACUACUGCUGUUACUGCUCCUACUCCAUCUACAGAAGCACCACCUCCCACAGGAACUGAAACACCAUCAACUGCUGUUACUGCUCCUACUCCAUCUACAGAAGCACCACCUCCCACAGGAACUGAAACACCAUCAACAGCAACUACAACUGCUGAAGCACCACCUCCCACAGGAACUGAAACACCAUCAACAGCAACUACAACUGCUGGUACACCAACACCAACAUCACAAGAAAUUUCUACUACUGCUGUUACUACUGAAACACCAAUCACAGAAACACCCCCUCCGACACAAUCAGAAGUAUCAACGACAACAACAACUGCAGGUCCACCAACACCUACAUCACCAGGAGUUUCUACUACUGCUGUUACUGCUCCUACUCCAUCUACAGAAGCACCACCUCCCACCGGGACUGAAACACCAUCAACAGCAACUACAACUGCUGGUACACCAACACCAACAUCACAAAAAAUUUCUACUACUGCUGUUACUACUGAAAGACCAGUCACAGAAACACCACCUCCGACACAAACAGAACCAUCAACGACAACAACAACUGCAGGUCCACCAACACCUACAUCACCAGGAGUUACUACUACUGCUGUUACUGCUCCUACAACAUCUACAGAAGCACCACCUCCCACAGGAACUGAAACACCAUCAACAGCAACUACAACUGCUGGUACACCAACACCAACAUCACAAGAAAUUUCUACUACUGCUGUUACUACUGAAACACCAAUCACAGAAACAUCCCCUCCGACACAAACAGAACCAUCAACUACAACAACAACUGCUGGUCCACCAACACCUACAUCACCAGGUGUUUCUACUACUGCUGUUACUGCUCCUACUCCAUCUACAGAAGCACCACCUCCCACAGGAACUGAAACACCAUCAACUGCUGUUACUGCUCCUACUCCAUCUACAAAAGCACCACCUCCCACAGGAACUGAAACACCAUCAACAGCAACUACAACUGCUGGUACACCAACACCAACAUCACAAGAAAUUUCUACUACUGCUGUUACUACUGAAACACCAAUCACAGAAACAUCCCCUCCGACACAAACAGAACCAUCAACUACAACAACAACUGCUGGUCCACCAACACAUACAUCACCAGGUGUUUCUACUACUGCUGUUACUGCUCUUACUCCAUCUACAGAAGCACCACCUCCCACAGGAACUGAAACACCAUCAACAGCAACUACAACUGCUGGUACACCAACACCAACAUCACAAGAAAUUUCUACUACUGCUGUUACUACUGAAACACCAAUCACAGAAACACCACCUCCGACACAAACAGAACCAUCAACAACAACAACAACUGCUGGUCCACCAACACCUACAUCACCAGGAGUUUCUACUACUGCUGUUACUGCUCCUACUCCAUCUACAGAAGCACCACCUCCCACAGGAACUGAAACACCAUCAACAGCAACUACAACUGCUGGUACACCAACACCAACAUCACAAGAAAUUUCUACUACUGCUGUUACUACUGAAACACCAAUCACAGAAACACCAUCUCCGACACAAACAGAACCAUCAACAACAACAAGAACUGCUGGUCCACCAACACCUACAUCACCAGGAGUUUCUACUACUGCUGUUACUGCUCCUACUCCAUCUACAGAAGCACCACCUCCCACAGGAACUGAAACACCAUCAACAGCAACUACAACUGCUGGUACACCAACACCAACAUCACAAGAAAUUUCUACUACUGCUAUUUCUACAGAAACACCAAUCACAGAAACACCACCUCCGACACAAACAGAACCAUCAACAACAACAAGAACUGCUGGUCCACCGACACCUACAUCUCCAGAAGUUUCUACUACUGCUGUUACUGCUCCUACUCCAUCUACAGAAACACCACCUCCCACAGGAACUGAAACACCAUCAACAGCAACUACAACUGCUGGUACACCAACACCAACAUCACAAGAAAUUUCUACUACUGCUGUUACUACUGAAACACCAAUCACAGAAACACCACCUCCGACACAAACAGAACCAUCAAAAACAACAGCAACUGCUGGUCCACCAACACCUACAUCACCAGGAGUUUCUACUACUGCUGUUACUGCUCCUACUCCAUCUACAGAAGCACCACCUCCCACAGGAACUGAAACACCAUCAACAGCAACUACAACUGCUGGUACACCAACACCAACAUCACAAGAAAUUUCUACUACUGCUGUUACUACUGAAACACCAAUCACAGAAACACCAUCUCCGACACAAACAGAACCAUCAACAACAACAACAACUGCUGGUCCACCAACACCUAUAUCACCAGGAGUUUCUACUACUGCUGUUACUGCUCCUACUCCAUCUACAGAAGCACCACCUCCCACAGGAACUGAAACACCAUCAACAGCAACUACAACUGCUGGUACACCAACACCAACAUCACAAGAAAGUUCUACUACUGCUGUUACUACUGAAACACCAAUCACAGAAACACCACCUCCGACACAAACAGAACCAUCAACAACAACAAGAACUGCUGGUCCACCGACACCUACAUCUCCAAAAGUUUCUACUACUGCUGUUACUGCUCCUACUCCAUCUACAGAAACACCACCUCCCACAGGAACUGAAACACCAUCAACAGCAACUACAACUGCUGGUACACCAACACCAACAUCACAAGAAAUUUCUACUACUGCUGUUACUACUGAAACACCAAUCACAGAAACACCACCUCCGACACAAACAGAACCAUCAACAACAACAACAACUGCUGGUCCACCGACACCUACAUCUCCAGAAGUUUCUACUACUGCUGUUACUGCUCCUACUCCAUCUACAGAAACACCACCUCCCACAGGAAGCAAAACACCAUCCACAGCUACUACAACUCUUGGAACACCAACAUCACCAGAAAUGUCUACUACUGCUGUUACUACAAAAACACCAAUCACAGAAACACCCCCUCCGACACAAACAGCACCAUCUACGACAACAACAACAGCUGGUCCACCAACACCUACAUCACCAGGAGUUUCUACUACUGCUGUUACUGCUCCUACUCCAUCUACAGAAGCACCACCUCCCACAGGAACUGAAACACCAUCAACAGCAACUACAACUGCUGGUACACCAACACCAACAUCACAAGAAAUUUCUACUACUGCUUUUACUACUGAAACACCAAUCACAGAAACACCCCCUCCGACACAAUCAGAAGUAUCAACGACAACAACAACUGCAGGUCCACCAACACCUACAUCACCAGGAGUUUCUACUACUGCUGUUACUGCUCCUACUCCAUCUACAGAAGCACCACCUCCCACAGGAACUGAAACACCAUCAACAGCAACUACAACUGCUGGUACACCAACACCAACAUCACAAGAAAUUUCUACUACUGCUGUAACUACUGAAACACCAAUCACAGAAACAUCCCUUCCGACACAAACAGAACCAUCAACUACAACAACAACUGCUGGUCCACCAACACCUACAUCACCAGGUGUUUCUACUACUGCUGUUACUGCUCCUACUCCAUCUACAGAAGCACCACCUCCCACAGGAACUGAAACACCAUCAACUGCUGUUACUGCUCCUACUCCAUCUACAGAAGCACCACCUCCCACAGGAACUGAAACACCAUCAACAGCAACUACAACUGCUGGUACACCAACACCAACAUCACAAGAAAUUUCUACUACUGCUGUUACUACUGAAACACUAAUCACAGAAACACCACCUCCGACACAAACAGAACCAUCAACAACAACAACAACUGCUGGUCCACCAACACCUACAUCACCAGGAGUUUCUACUACUGCUGUUACUGCUCCUACUCCAUCUACAGAAGCACCACCUCCCACAGGAACUGAAACACCAUCAACAGCAACUACAACUGCUGGUACACCAACACCAACAUCACAAGAAAUUUCUACUACUGCUGUUACUACUGAAACACCAAUCACAGAAACACCACCUCCGACACAAACAGAACCAUCAACAACAACAACAACUGCUGGUCCACCAACACCUACAUCACCAGGAGUUUCUACUACUGCUGUUACUGCUCCUACUCCAUCUACAGAAGCACCACCUCCCACAGGAACUGAAACACCAUCAACAGCAACUACAACUGCUGGUACACCAACACCAACAUCACAAGAAAUUUCUACUACUGCUGUUACUACUGAAACACCAAUCACAGAAACACCACCUCCGACACAAACAGAACCAUCAACAACAACAACAACUGCUGGUCCACCAACACCUACAUCACCAGGAGUUUCUACUACUGCUGUUACUGCUCCUACUCCAUCUACAGAAGCACCACCUCCCACAGGAACUGAAACACCAUCAACAGCAACUACAACUGCUGGUACACCAACACCAACAUCACAAGAAAUUUCUACUACUGCUGUUACUACUGAAACACCAAUCACAGAAACACCACCUCCGACAGAAACAGAACCAUCAACAACAACAAGAACUGCUGGUCCACCGACACCUACAUCUCCAGAAGUUUCUACUACUGCUGUUACUGCUCCUACUCCAUCUACAGAAACACCACCUCCCACAGGAACUGAAACACCAUCAACAGCAACUACAACUGCUGGUACACCAACACCAACAUCACAAGAAAUUUCUACUACUGCUGUUACUACUGAAACACCAAUCACAGAAACACCACCUCCGACACAAACAGAACCAUCAACAACAACAAGAACUGCUGGUCCACCAACACCUACAUCACCAGGAGUUUUUACUACUGCUGUUAGUGCUCCUACUCCAUCUACAGAAGCACCACCUCCCACAGGAACUGAAACACCAUCUACAGCAACUACAACUGCUGGUACACCAACACCAACAUCACAAGAAAUUUCUACUACUGCUGUUACUACUGAAACACCAAUCACAGAAACACCACCUCCGACACAAACAGAACCAUCAACAACAACAACAACUGCUGGUCCACCAACACCUACAUCACCAGGAGUUUCUACUACUGCUGUUACUGCUCCUACUCCAUCUACAGAAGCACCACCUCCCACAGGAACUGAAACACCAUCAACAGCAACUACAACUGCUGGUACACCAACACCAACAUCACAAGAAAUUUCUACUACUGCUGUUACUACUGAAACACCAAUCACAGAAACACCAUCUCUGACACAAACAGAACCAUCAACAACAACAAGAACUGCUGGUCCACCAACACCUACAUCACCAGGAGUUUCUACUACUGCUGUUACUGCUCCUACUCCAUCUACAGAAGCACCACCUCCCACAGGAACUGAAACACCAUCAACAGCAACUACAACUGCUGGUACACCAACACCAACAUCACAAGAAAUUUCUACUACUGCUGUUACUACUGAAACACCAAUCACAGAAACACCACCUCCGACAGAAACAGAACCAUCAACAACAACAAGAACUGCUGGUCCACCGACACCUACAUCUCCAGAAGUUUCUACUACUGCUGUUACUGUUCCUACUCCAUCUACAGAAACACCACCUCCCACAGGAACUGAAACACCAUCAACAGCAACUACAACUGCUGGUACACCAACACCAACAUCACAAGAAAUUUCUACUACUGCUGUUACUACUGAAACACCAAUCACAGAAACACCACCUCCGACACAAACAGAACCAUCAACAACAACAAGAACUGCUGGUCCACCAACACCUACAUCACCAGGAGUUUCUACUACUGCUGUUACUGCUCCUACUAUAUCAACAGAAACACCACCUCCCACAGGAACCGAAACACCAUCCACAGCUUCUACAACUCUUGGAACACCAACAUCACCAGAAAUCUCUACUUCUGCUGUUACUACAAAAACACCAAUCACAGAAACACCCCCUCCGACACAAACAGAACCAUCAACGACAACAACAACUGCUGGUCCACCAACACCUACACCACCAGGAGUUUAUACUACUGCUGUUACUGCUCCUACUCCAUCUACAGAAGCACCACCUCCCACAGGAACUGAAACACCAUCAACAGCAACUACAACUGCUGGUACACAAACACCAACAUCACAAGAAAUUUCUACUACUGUUGUUACUACUGAAACACCAAUCACAGAAACACCCCCUCUGACACAAACAGAACCAUCAACGACAACAACAACUGCUGGUCCACCAACACCUACAUCACUAGGAGUUUCUACUACUGGUGUUACUUUUCCUACUCCAUCUACAGAAGCACCACCUCCUACAGGAACUGAAACACCAUCAACAGCAACUACAACUGCUAGUAUACCAACACCAACAUCACAAGAAAUUUCUACUACUGCUGUUACUACUGAAACACCAAUCACAGAAACACCACCUCCGACACAAACAGAACCAUCAACGACAACAAGAACUGCUGGUCCACCGACACCUACAUCUCCAGAAGUUUCUACUACUGCUGUUACUGCUCCUACUCCAUCUACAGAAACACCACCUCCCACAGGAACCGAAACACCAUUAACAACUUCUACAACUGCUGGUACACCAACAUCACAAGAAAUUGCUACAACUGCUGUUACUACUGAAACACCAAUAACAGAAACACCACCUCCAACACGAACAGAAACUCCAUCAACAGCAACAACAACUGCUGGUCCACCAACACCUACAUCACCAGGAGUUUCUACUACUGCUGUUACUGCUCCUACUCCAUCUACAGAAACACCACCUCCAACAGGAACCAAAACACCACCCAUAUUUACUACUACUGCUGGUACACCAACAUCACCAGAAGUUUCUACUACUGCUCUUACUGCUACAACAUCAUCUAUAGAAACACUACCUCCCACAGGAACAGAAACACCUCUGACACUAUCAGCAAUUACUACAACCAUUGUUAAAUCAACAGUUUUGACAGUAACACCUAAAGUGACAGAAACGCCAUCAACCGAUUUCACUGUAUAUACAGAAUCAACACCUAAAAGAACACAUGGUACAUCACCUCAAAUUGUCAUCACAACAAUAUGUCACUGUACAUUUGCAAAUCAAACUUUCCCACCUGAGUCAAUCAUUUACAACAAAACUGAUAAAGCAGGCUGGUGCUACUUCGCUUACUGCAACUCCAAUUGUGUUAGUGAAAUAACACAGAAACCGUGUCCUCAGACUACUACAGUUCCAAUUUCAACUGUUCCAAAUGACUGUACCAAUGUCAACAGAAAGAAUGGAGAGACAUGGAAUGAGGAAUGUACCACUAAAACCUGCAUAAAUGGGAAUGUUACCACAAGCCCUGUACAGUGUCAUCCAGCAGAUUCUGUCAUACCUACAUGUGUCAACGGACUUAAGCCUGAGAAGGUUUAUUAUAAUAAUGGCUGCUGCGCUAAGUACGAGUGUCUAUGUCGAUGCAGUGGCUGGGGUGACCCUCAUUACAAUACGUUUGAUGGAAAAUAUUAUACUUUCCAAGGAAAUUGCGACUAUGUGUUGGUCCGAGAAAUCAUUCCAAGACACAAUAUCAGCGUCUAUGUAAAAAAUUAUUAUUGCGAUGUUACAAAUAAUUUUGCUUGUCCAGAGUAUGUGACUGUUAAGUACAAAUCCUAUGAAAUCAAGCUAGCAAGUAACAGUAAAGAGAUACAGGUUUACGUCAAUGAUGCUGUUAAAGUCCCCACUUUCUUUAAUGAAGAUUUCAGCAUCACUACCUCUGGCAUGGCAGUGAUUUUGAACAUUAAUGAAAUCAAAACUGAGAUUUUAGUCAGUCAUCAAGGCUUUGAGAUCAAUCUCCCGUUCUCCUACUUCCAUGGUAAUACAGAGGGACAGUGCGGUGUUUGUGACAAUGAUGCCACAAAUGACUGCAGACGUCCCGAUGGAACAACUGACCAAUCAUGUGAGCAAAUGGCAGCAUUGUGGGUGGACUCCCCAGAAUGUGAAAACCCUCGACCACAUCCAAGCGAACCUCUUCCUACCUGCACAGCACAAAUCUGUGAGGUCAUCAAGAGCGAUUUGUUCAAGAGCUGUCAUGACACCGUUCCCUAUCAAAGCUACUAUGAAGCAUGUAAAUAUGAUGUGUGCUACAAGAAAAAUGACUCCAUGGCCUGUGCCAGUGUAGAGGCCUAUGCACAGCAAUGUGGCCAGCAGUCUAUAUGUGUGGACUGGAGAGACUCAGCUGACCUUAACGGGCUAUGCACAUACAAAUGUGCUGAUCACAAAGUCUUCAAGGCAUGUGGGCCUAAAGUUGAAAGAACCUGCAGUACAAGAUACAAUGAGAUGUUUGUGGAAGACCAAAGCAAAACCGACCAUAAAAAAUUCAUGGAAGGUUGUUACUGUCCUGAAAACACAUAUCUAGUUAGUUCAACAACAGACCAGUGCACAGCUACUUGCGACUGCAUUGGCCCAGAUGGGUUACCAAGACAGCCAGGAGAAAAAUGGAUUGUGAACUGUACAACAUACAAAUGCUCCACUGAGAGCUUUGGUGUUGUUCAAGAACCUAUGAAUUGUCCAACCAUAGAGCCUUGUGGCCAUGAAUACAAAAGCAUAAUUGAAAACUGCUGUCCAACCUGCGUGUGUGAUACCAGCCAGUGUUCUAUGAAGUGUGAUGUGGGAUAUGAGUUAGCAGCAAAGAUACCUGAGGGCAAAUGCUGUCCACCAUGUGUGCCCAAAGAUGUGUGUGUGCACAAUAAUACUGAAUACCAGCCUGGAGUUAAAAUCCCUACAGAGCCUUGUUUGGAAUGUUACUGCCAAAUGGAUAAAGACCCACAGACCCAACUACAUUCUGUUGCAUGUGUUAAUAAAGUCUGUACACCUUGUGCUGAGGGCUUUGAGCGCGUAGAACAAGAAGGAGAGUGCUGCGGAACAUGCAAGCAAACCAGCUGCAUUUAUACUGCACCGGGCAACACCACACAUAUUCUCCAGGAUGGAGAAGUGAAAAAUUACAGUUGUGAGAGUAUAACCUGCAGUAAAAUUAAUGGCUUGUUUGUGACCGAGAAGAUCACACCAAAAUGCCCUUAUUUCAAUCCGGAUGACUGUGAGCCUGGAACUGAGAGAUAUGAUGCAUCUGGAUGUUGCAAGAUCUGUGAGCCCAAGAUUUGCAUUGUUUUGAAGAACAUAACCGAUGUGAAUGUAAAUGACUGCAAGUCCAUCCAACCCAUAGAAGUGACGUCCUGCAGUGGUCACUGUGGUACCCAAUCAAUGUAUUCAAUGGAAGAGAAGAGCAUGAAGCACAUCUGUUCUUGUUGCCAAGAGGAGAAAAUCAGCCAUCGUCAGGUGACGCUGAAGUGUGCCGAUGACAGCCAGCGCAAUUAUGACUAUAUUUACAUUGAGAGCUGCACAUGCACUCCUAAAAAAUGUAUAGACUAGAAGCCCUGAAGACUUGAUAAAAGAUGCUGAUAUUAAAGCUUUUCAUUUGGUUAUUACUUAUGUGUACUAAAUUACUUAAGACAAGAGAUAUUUGAAAUAAGGAGCAUGGCAAGGAAUACAUGCUUUUAUUCUAGGGCUAGGAUUUUCACUUUGAAUAUGGUCUUAAAUGUUUAAAUUAUCUGUAACAAAACUAUUUCUUUUCUGUGGUAUAAUGAGAGUUCUGUAUAAUUGUGAUGAAAUAAGUGUAUGUUCAACACAAUAAAGAAGUAAACCAGCAACACAA